GUCUGAUGUGAAGCUUGGUCGCUGGGGUGAUAUUUAUAUACUCUCCACACACACACCCCCCUAGGGGCCGGGUAUUCACGAUCAGGUGGUGUCAGGAACUCAUUACGGGGGAAAGAGAGUGGUUCACUGCAUUCCCUCCUGUCCCUGCCCCGAUCCAAUCCUUGAUAGCUAUUGCGCCCCGGGAUGAAAUGAUCUUGGUUAGGAAUAGGUCAAUCCCUACCCUAACCGACUCCUUCCCACUGAUCCGGUACUUGUCGUUUUCGGACUGGUGUGACCUCCUUUGGACCCACAAGCACGACAAAAACUUUGUGAUCGAUCUUGUCAAUGAGAAGGUCGCGAACAUCCCCCGAAUCAGGGAGGAGUGCCUACAUGAGGAUAAAACGAUCGAGCAGACGUCUCUUGACCUAGAAAACGUUUUCGUUCGACUCUGGGGUGCACAAUCCGAAUAUCACAGGAAACAUGCCCGAGACAUCAACAUUGAGAGAAAGAAGGAGUUUAUAUUGGAUGAUGAAGAGGAUGAUGAGAUGACGGAGGAGGAGAAGGGAUUCUUGAGGAAACAGAAGGAGGAGAGAAUGUUAGCAAAGGCAGCGCUCAAUAAGUCAGAGAAGAGGGUGGAGGUAUCGUUGUUCACGAGGAAUGCGUUCUUGCCACUCGCGUCGUCUAGAUGGGUGGAGUCGAUGAGUCUUGCUUUUCAGAAUCGUCUUUGGUCUCUAGAUACGUUUAACCACUGCGCACCUUUCGGUAUUUCUGGCUUCCGCUUCGUAGCCAAGGUUACGGAAGCAGAACUGAAGGAUUGUCGUAAGAGAGCGUUAGAUGAUAUCUUGGAGCUACCUAAUGUAAAGUUGCCUUUUAAAACCGACAGGGUCAACUUUCCUCCGAUGCAGGAGAUCGGCCCGUCCAAAUGUCCACGCCCAGAACCGUUCAUCGCGAUGAAGGGCAAUGCCCCUCCCAGGAAUCCGAAUGCAAUGAAUGAGCUCAAGAAGAUCUGGAACUAUGGCCGCCUGUACUUUAAGUGCAAAUGCACGCUAGUCUCGGACACAGACUAUGGAGCCAGUCCAGCGUGGUUCAACCACCUCCUGUGGUCCAGCCAGGCCGAGGAGAGCUGCAACAUCUGGGCCCGCGGAGGCUGCAGUGGCGUCGAGGCCAUUCAUCGACGGAGCGCCGGGAAGGAUGACAUCGACGGACGACACGACAACUGCAACGCUUUGAGUCAGGGGACGAUCACGGGGGGUGCGGGGACCAGCGGUACGGGGGGGUCUGCGGGUGGGGGGUUCAUCGCGCAGUCCGAGAGGGAGAUGGCGAAGUUGAGGCAGGGGAACGUGGUGUGGAACUUCGUCACCAAGGGACAACAUGUGGGGAACCAGGCGAAGAUGCAUGGGGACCGAAAGUUGCGUUGCAACUUUUGCGGCCACUUGUUUCAGGGGAAUGCAGGGAAGGCCACGCGCCAUUUCACGCAGUCCAAGCAAUGCAAGGCUGCGGGGAUGAGAGUUCUCGCGGAAAUAUGGAACGACACGAACUACACAUUCAAGCCCGCGACUACUCGGUGGGUGCAGAGGUGGAUGGCUGACGAGGGGGUACGGGACACGAGAGUGGCUGCGGGUGCGCAGCAACAGCGGAUGGACGAGGAAGAGUCAGGAGAGAGGGACGAUGUUCAAGACGCCCUCGAUGAGGAGGAGGGUCUCAAGGGUGGGGUUGGGGAGGGGGGAAAGGCUGACGAGGCAGUCGGAGACCCUCACCUGCCAGGGGAGGAGGUGGUGAUGACGUCGAGAGGCGUCAGUCGAGCGGGUCCCGCUCCUAGGGCACCACGAGCUAAGUUGGAGAGUGCGAGGAGGGAGAAGAGGCCGGUGGGGGAGGGCGACGUCGAGGUGCGAGAGACGGCCAGGGAGAAGAGGGCUCGGCAGACGACGAUCGACGAGAUGUACGACAAGGAGAAUUUGGCCGAGUUCCAUGACGCGUGGCUGCAGUGGAUCUACACAAAGGGGUUGGCAUUUAACGCCUUCCGAGGUCCGGAGUUCCAGAGGGUUCGGCGGGCGGCAGAGAGAGUACCGCGGACAGUUCAGUUCCGGUUUCCCUCGUACAGGGUCACAGCGGGCACCGAGAUCCCUUCGCAGAGGGGGAAGGUGGCGUCGAUGGUGAGCGAGGUGCGCUCUGCUUUCUGCCACACCGGUGCCACCAUCCUCUCAGACGGUAGGAAGGCGCGCAGCGGCAAGCCACUCGUGAAUUUCCUCGUCGGGGGCGCCAACGGCGCCCUGCUGUACGCCACUGUCGCACGUGACGGGUCUGUCCGCGACACUGCGGAUAUCGUGUACCGCAGGUGGCGGGCCAUCAUCUUGUCCUUUCCUGCAAAGGACGUGAUCGGCUUCUGCACGGACUCCGCUAGUAACUAUACGGCGGCGGCCCGCAGAUUCGCCACCGACCCCGACGCAGACAUCAGGAGGAUCACUUGGCUUACCUGCCCCACCCACGUCUGCAACUUGAUGUUGUCAGACGUCGGGACGCGAGUGGCGUGGGUCAAGGAGACCAUCAUCCGUGCCCGAGCGUUAGUGCGAUUUAUUAAAUCUCACGGCGCUGCGUUCGCCGUUUUCAGGAGGAUGAGCCCUCGUGUCACGCUGGUUGAGCCCGUUGAGACCCGGUUUGCAUUAGUUUUCCUGAUGCUGACGUGUCUCAAAGGCCGGCGGGACGCGUUAGGGAGCAUGCUGCACGGCGAUGCGUGGGCUCGCAUCCCGUGGGAGCGCAGGCUUGUCUCCUUGGCACAGUGGCAGGGUAGGGGCUACGUGUUGCCCUGGGUUAUGGGGACCGGUCAGGAGGAAACCGCGGGAGGGCAGGAGGACGACGAGGGGGACGUGGACUCCGAGGUGUGGGGAGCGCGACCUGCUGGCAGUUUCAGCGAGCAUGACAUCGAGCAUCACGUUGUCGCUUUCCAUGCUUGUCGACCGUCCAGAGCCGACCCAGUUCAGGACGUGUUCGGCAAGAGGGCGGUGGAGCCACGGUCGUGGCCGGAGCAGACGUCGGACGCUGAUGGGGACGGCGACACGUCGGAUGACGAGUGGACGGACGAUGACGAGGCUCCCGUCAGCGGCGACGCGACGGCGGAGCGGGUCUAUUUCACGUACGGCGGAGGACCUGACGGCAUGACUCCACACACAUCCGUCAUCACUUACGAUCACGUGGAGGAGCAGGAGCCAGUCGGAGGCCUUCGGCAGAUGGACAGACGUUGGGAGGUCAGGAGCGAUAGUGAGCCGGAGGGGGCGGAGGAGGAGGAGGAGGUGGGCCUUCGGGAUCGUCGGUUCUCUCCCUCUCAUCAUCGGACCACGGGAGCGCCCGAGCCUACCAGGCCGAGGACGAGGUCGGCAUCGGCAGCGGAGAGACAGCAGACACCAGCGACCGAGCACCAUGAGGGGACCGGGCUUGCAGAGUUUCCGGAGAUGGAGAGGACUCCAUCCGGCGUCGGUGUCCGCCACCGCUCGCCGUCCGAGCUGCGCACCAACGACUUCUACGUCGGCGGCUCUAGCGGGGGUUUAGGGAAUCUCAGUGCCUCGAGACAGAGGGGUGCCUCACUGUCGGACGUGCUCCUCGACGAUUCUGAUGUGCGGGGCCAUGUAGACCGAGGAGGAGCGGGAUGCCCAACUAGACAGAGAGGAGGAGGAGCGGCUGCGGACUUUGCCGGGAUGGGAUGGUCGUUUCGCGUAUAUGGAGGAGCAGCGCCGACGGAGGGAGGUGUGCCCACGGGUGUUGAGGAAGAUGGUGUACCCACGGGUGUUGAGGGAGAUGGUGGCGGCGAGGACGAGGAGGGAGAUGGUGGCGGCGAGGAUGAGGACGAGGACGAGGAGGGGUCCGACCAUGGAGACGACGGCAGCGACGGCGACGACGGCGGCGACCACGGCGACGACGACGACUACGACGGCAACCACGGCGACGACGGCGACGACGGCGACCACGACGGCAACCACGACGAUGAGGGUAGGCUGGCUUUGGUCUUGAGGGACCCUUCAGUGCCUACACUACCUCUCACACGGCCCGAGGCCUUCGCUCAGGCUGGUUUUGAUGCUGAGGAUUUGGCGCGACUCGGUUCACAUGACCCUUUCCCCCACACGGGCCGCAGGAGCGACGAGAGGCGCCCUCCUGGAGGGGCGUAUUCGCCUCCGCCGUACAUCGUGGAUAGCCCUAGAUGGUCCGGUUCUUCGCUCAGCGGCAUUAGAGGGAGGGAGUUCGGGCCGGUUGAUGGCGGAUCUGCCGGAUCGAUGCCUCCGCCACCCGCACGGAGCACGGAGGGCGGCGCCGGCAUGACUACCGCCUGUGCGCCCGUUGCCGGUUCCCCGCCGCCUGUCGCAGGUGGUGUUGCCAGCGGAUGGGCAGCUCAUCGCCGGGUCUCGGACCGGAUGAGGGCGGAUUACGACGCCGGGAGGGGCGCCUUCGCAGGACGUUUGUCACCUCGGUUUCAGGUUGCGGCCAGCAGCGAGGGUGGCUCCGGACGUCCGAGUGUUCACAUGGCAGGCUGCAUGCUCGGUUUGUCUCGAUCAGCAACGAGGAGAGUUUUUAUCCCACCGCCGAUUCCGGCCCGAGGGACAGCUGCGGACAUGCAGCAGGGUCAGCACUACACAUCUGGCGAGGAGGGGUUGCCGAUGCGGAGUGGGAGUAGACGACACAGCACCGUCACGGAGGUUGAGGCUCGACUCGCAGCAGAGAUCGCCACCGGCCAGGCUGCAUUGGACGCGAUUCAGAGGCAGCGACAGACGAUUGCUGCAGCGGAGGCCGAGGACGAGGACGCGGACACAGAGUUCGAGCCGAUCGACAUUGCAGUCCGCAGACAUAGAGCGGUCGUGUCAGCGGCAGCCACGGUAGCACAGGCGGCAUACAUCAGCGGUGCGUAGGGCACAGGUGGUGGAGGGGGCCUGAGAGGAGCGCGUGGUUGACAGUCCACCGGGAGAGGCCGCGGGCGUCC